UGACAGACGAUCCUGUGCUGGGGUUUUCAUCCUUCCUCCUUCAGUGUGAAUGAGUGUGUGCAGCAGGGUCAUCUCUGAAUCCUGCUCCUGCCUGUCAGAGAUCUGUGAGUCUGACGGCAUCGACAGCGAAAACAAUUCACGAGAUGAAACCUGGUCGCGCCAAACGUCCUGAACUGACAGGCAUUUAAAAACAUUCUGAAAUGGACGCCGUGAUUUCCUGAUAAAUAAACAGUGAGUUUUCUCUGGUGGCCUCCUCCCAUCAGUGAUGAAGAUGAUGAUGAUGAUCCAUCGGUCUUUAAUAAUCCCUCCCUGUUUCACGCUCCAACGAUUUGCUUCAGCAGGAAUUUUAUCACAUCAAGAUGAAGAUUUCACUGAGCCUUUAAAGAGCAGGAGGCCAGUGUGUGUGUGUGUGUGUUCAGUGCUGACCUGAGAUCAGAGCGGAGCUUCUCAAACCUCCUGCAGGAACCAGGACUCGCUGUGAACCCGAUGGCAACGAUGAUGAGGAGCGUGGACUUCCACUGCCAGUCCAACAACACCGACCACCGCACCAUCGAGAUCACAGAGAAGCAGCUGAUCGUGAGACGGGGCCAGUCCUUCCUCCUGACCCUGAACAUGACGCAGCCUUUCGGUGACUGCGACAUGCUGGUCCUCACCGUGGAGACAGGCUCCUUUCCAUCAGAGACGUGUGGUACUCGCUCUCAGUUUGGUAACCCCUCUCCCAUGUACGCCAGCGACGUCAAGGCGAUAUGGAAGUACAGUAUGGACAGAAGAGCCGACCUGUCCAGGGGCGUGGUGACCUUGUCCGUGACCCCACCAGCUGAUGCUCCUGUGGGCAAGUACUCGCUGUCUGCUCAGACCAGGAUGGGAAAGACCAUACUGGGAACACUGGUAGUGCUCUUCAAUCCCUGGUGCUCAGAUGACUGGGUGUAUCUUCCUCACGAGGGGGAAAGACAAGAGUACGUGAUGAACGAACAGGGACUCAUCUAUGUGGGGACAUCAGACUUUCCCUGCCCUCGGGACUGGGUCUUUGGACAGUUUGAGGAGGACAUGGUGGACAUAUGUCUCAAGAUACUGGACGUCAACCCAAAGCACAUGAAGGACCCUGCUGAUGACGUCUCUGCUCGCUGCAACCCCAUCUACGUUAGCCGUGUGAUCAGCGCCAUGAUCAACUGCUGCGAUGAUCUGGGCGUGUUAUCUGGAGGAUGGGAUGGUAACUAUGGUGACGGAGAAAAUCCCAGCUCCUGGCUCGGCAGCGUUCGCAUCCUUCGGAGGUGGUUUAAAACAAACUGCCACCCCGUGAAGUACGGCCAGUGCUGGGUGUUUGCUGGUGUGAUGUGUACAGUCAUGCGGUUCUUCGGGAUCCCGUGUCGUGUGGUCACAAACUUCAAGUCAGCGCACGACACAAACAACAACCUCAGCAUCGAUGAGUAUUACGGCGUCCGAGGAGCUCAACCCAAGGAGGGCCGAGACAGCGUCUGGAACUUCCACGUGUGGGUGGAGGGAUGGAUGAAGCGACCAGACCUGGAGAAAGCUGAGCUCUAUGACGGCUGGCAGGUCCUGGAUCCCACACCUCAGGAAAAGAGUGAAGGACAGUUCUGCUGUGGUCCAGCUCCAGUCUCCGCCGUCCUCCAGGGCGACACCAACCUGAAGUACGACGUGCCAUUUGUGUUUGCAGAGGUCAACGCUGACGUUGUCAAGUGGAUGGUCUGGGCUGAUGGGUCAAAGAUGAAAAUGAGCUCCGACACCACGACAGUGGGUCAGAACAUUUCUACCAAGGCCGUGGGCUACAACCUGAGAAACGAUAUCACGGACAGCUACAAAUACCGAGAGGGCAGUGCACAGGAGAGGGAAGUCUACAGCCGCGCAGUCAGGAGAGUGAACUCCGGAGACGGUCAAGCAGCUGAUGGAGGGAAGGAGCCGCUGAAGGUGCAGAUGAAAAUCGAAAAGGACUCUGGAGUGCAGAGCGGGCAGGACAUUAAUCUGAAGCUGAGGCUGUGCAACAGAGAUUACUCCAACAAGACCAUGUCCAUCUACGUCAACGCCCAGGGCAUGAGGUACAACGGCGUACCAGCAUGUCACAUCCUGAACAGUGUGCAGGAGAAGCUGCUGCUGGUUGCACGAGAGGUGAUCAUACCUGUCCAGAUCCCGUUCAUGGCCUACAGUCACCACAUGGUGAACUGUGACAGCAUGAGGGUCUCGGUCGUGGCCGUAGACAAACAGAAGCAAAGCGACAUCUACGAGUCUGAGAUCGACGUCUCCCUGCCGCAGCCUCCCAUCACCAUGAGGGUUGUGGGUGAGGCCCGUCUCUUCCAACCCAUGAUGAUGGAGGUGAAGUUCACCAACACGCUGAGCGUCGCGCUGACGAACUGCUCUCUGACCGUCACCGGAAGCGGCAUGUACAAAUUUGAGCGCGUGGAGAGUAUCGUCAGGGAGCUGCCGCCCAACAAAACUCUGAAGGUUCAGAUCACUACGGUCCCCCACAAGCUCGGACCCAGGGUCGUGGUGGCCGACUUCGACUGCAGCGCCUUCAGGGACGUGAUGGGCAGCUGCAUCGUGGACGUCAGGCCCUGAAGCUCCGCUCGGUCCUGGACCUAAAAUAAACAUAUUAUUUUUCAGGCUGGGGUUUUAGGUUUUUCUUUUCCACAUAAAAUAAAUUUUAAGUUUUAUUGUUUGUGUGAUCCACUUACAGAUGAAUCAUUCAUAUCAUUUAUUAAUCAAAGAUUUUCUCGUUCCAGCUUGUUUGAAGGCUGAUUAUUAGUUGACCGGUUGGUCGACUGGUCGCUUUGGGAAUGUUGUUUUACACAUUUCUCUGUAUUUCCUUCACUCUUCAUGUUUGAAAACUGUAUUUUCACAUCACACUGUCCAUUAACUCUCACAUUAAUUUACCAAACCAACCUGAAACCAUGCGAUGGAGGACGAUGAGAAAUUUCAGAUCCGAGGUGCAUGUUCCUUUAAAAGUGGUAAAUGUGUUUGUGAAAUCAUGACUGUAAUCGUAGAGCUAUAAAAUCUGAAUACAUGCACAGAGCUGUUUGCUGGUGCUGUUUACUGAGAUUUAAUUAAAGAGUGUUUU